CGUGUUUAGAGAUCGCCGAAGUUGGGGAAGUUUGAAGCGGUGCCGUGACAUGAUGCCGAGCACACCUGGGCGUUAGCUUUGAAGGUGCUGCUUGUGGAGACGCUGCCUCUUAUCCGUUAAACGGGGUGUUGCGUGCAGUUCGGGAGUGGGAGCGCCCGUGCAGACGUUGGAGGCGCCGUGGAGAGAAGGAGCACGGCGAGUGGGAUUCAUCCUGCGCCUCGGCGUGGGGAUUUCAUGUGUUGUGCCCAGCGGGAAUAUGGAAAGGCUGCAGCUUCGCCGGAAACCGAGAGGCUCACUAAGAGAAUCCCUCCAAUGUAAUCCUGAGGCUAAAGCUAUCAAGUGGUGGUGGUCCUUCAGCUGUUCCACAUGAGGACUAAAAAUGAAAGAUAAGCAAUAUGUGUUCUGCUUAUGGGAGGGACGCUUUUGGCCAGCAAAGUGUAUAAAACAACACGUUAAGGACACCGAAUCAAGCCAAGAUGAAAUUGAGGUGGAGGUCCUUUAUGUAGGAAAACGAGUGCAAAUAAAACGGAGCAACAUCAUUCCCCACAACAGGCAGACUUAUGAGGAUGUCUCCCAAGACCUGGAAAAAAAUCCAGACAGGCAUCGAAUAUUGGAUCUGUUUCUUGAGACUGAAGAUGACAACAAAUCGUUCAAGGGCUUUCCCAUUGAUGGCAUCAGUACAGGUAAAGACAUGGCAUCAGAGACAUUCCAGCCAGAGCUAAUUUCACCUUACAGGAGAGCCCUUGAACAGAUGAUGGUUCUGCCUCUAAGUCCUUCCACAUGCACACUGGCAGCUUCAAUUAAAAGAAACCGAGAGACGCCAACUAAACGACGAAGGACCACAAAGGGAAAACAAUACUGCAAAGCCAAACGUUCUUUGGAGGACCAAACAGAAUCCUCAGGUGAAGAUACCAGCCUGAAGUCUUCUGAUCCAAGUGAAACUACUAUGGUGAGAAGCAGUGAUGAUGACCGUGGCUGCUACAAAGAUGCAGGCAGAGAAGAAGUAGCAGACAGGAGAACCAAAAUGGUAUCAAAACCCAUAGAAAACUGUGACCCUUGCAACUCUGGGGGUAAAACUACAGCAGCUACAUGGCUAAACACCCGGAAGGGGACUUCUAGGAUGUCGAGGAAAACCACCGAGAAGAGCGGUGGUUCUGUUCAAAAUUCCACCCGCCGCAGACCAGCUCUUCUAACUUCCACGCCCCAGAACAGUUUCAGACGGCGGAUGUGGAAGGAGCCUGAUUUCCAGCUUCAAGAGUCAGAUGGUUAUUUAACACCCAAACACAAAUUAACCUCCAAAGUGAAAGGGAAAAGCAAGUUUUCUACCAAAAACCAAAAUUUCAACUAUCUGAGUCGGGCUUCCAGGCAGAGCUCGCCUAAGAAAAAUGUCACAAGAAAUUUUCAAAAGCUUUUUGUGGAGCGCGCUGAUGAAACACAGUGCUGCUCAUCAUCUGCCCAGACUCUGAGAAAUGGAGGGAUCAGCGGAAGGACACACACGUCUAGGCAGACACAAAGAAAGAACUCCAGAGGAGAUGCUAAUGUGGAGAGUGUGAACUUAAAUUCAGAUCAGCCUGUGCAGAAGAUAAACACGAGAAGCUGCUCGAGAUUGGGGGAGAGAGGCCAUAACACGCAGACACCCUUCACCAGUCACAGGCGGAAAAAGCCACCAAUCGCUGAGAACAGGAAGCGGCCAGUGAACAGCCAACGGCACAACACACUGCCAGACUUUACCUUGGAAGAAAUUGGUAUGGAGCAGUGCUGCAUGCUUUCACUUCUUUUGCCGACCAGUCAAAAGUGCAAAGAUAUGAGCCAUCAAUCCUCGGAUCUUUCACUGGGACUGAGUUUGACCGAGUCACUCAUAGACACCUCUGUGGUGGAAGAUGAAGAGAAGGAGGAGGAGGAGGAAGAGCUACCCAGUAUCUUCUUAGAGAGUAAGAAAUCCUGCCCUAUAGCAGAAGGAGCGUGUGUUUGGUGCAAAUUCCGGAAGUACCCAUUCUGGCCAGCGUUGGUCAAGAGCGUAAAUCAUAAGAAUAAGAAAGCCAGCAUCGUUUUUGUGGAGCAGCUGUUGACUGACAAAAAUCGCAAAGGGUUGUGUGUCUCACUAAGAACACUGAAGCCAUUUGACUGCGACGAAAAGGAGACGUUCAUUAAUACCGCCCGGGAAACCUAUGACAGAGCGAUUGACUUUUGUGUUGCACUGAUCGAUGACUACAUCAUUCGAAUAGGUGGUAGGGCAUUUUCUGGGUCCUUCACUGAUUACUGCACAAGUGAAAUAAGCCAUCCUGUCCGGAAAGAAUUUCAUCAAGGCCACGAUACGCUGACCUUUCCCAGUUGCCUUAUCCAGGCAGAGUGUGACGACACCACUGAAAGUCAACCCGGGGACAGCUGCUGUGAGCAGUUAACUCAAAAGAAGUUACUUCCUGAUCGCUCCAAGGCAGCUCGCAACAAAGCCAACCAAAAACUGGUGCAGUUCAUCGUGAAAACCCACGGCGUGGAGAAACACCUGCAGGCCAUCAUUGCGGGCAAGAAGCACUCCAAAUGGUUAAUGGAGUAUUUGAAACCAAGCCGCUUCCUGAAGUGGGUCGACACUUACCUGGAAGAUGAAAGCCAGCUCUGGGAAGUCUUGAAUUACCUGAAGUCCUUUGUGGCUGGAGUUCAAGGCCGAUCACAGCUCCUUGUUGACAAUAAUGAGUUGAUUUUCAACGUUCUUUUGCCUGAGGCUGUCAUCUUUGCCAUCUCUGCUGUGGAUCGCAUCUCCAUAGAAAAAGCUGAAGAGAAAUAUAAUAAAGGCCCUGACAUUAGUGCCAGGGCUGAUUUCGACUUUUGUCAUAAGGAGGAGUUGACCGUGGUAAUCAACUGUAAAUGGCGACAAAAACCCACCACUAUGUUUAAGUUGGACUCUCUUUUCUAGAAGGUUCAUUGGUUUGACCGAGAUUCCCUGAGCAAGUAGCAAAAAAAAAUACGGCAAAAAUGGCAUCGACUUCUGGCGAAAGAGAGAAGUGAACGUGUAAAGGAAAAUACUCUGUGGACGACGUUUUGCAUAUUAUCGCUGAACUGGCUUGUCACUGAUCUUGAUACAAAUGAUCGAAGAUGAAGGUGAGGUACCAGCGUCAGCAGAUGGUGUAGCUGACAUGCGUGCGACAACUUUGGCCUGGGAGGGCCAUCGCUUAAAAUGACAAGAGGUACAAACCAGAUUACAGUGUGCUGCUGUACCGUCCCUGCCACGCAAAGACAGCCUGGCAGCCAGCCUACCUAAUUGGCAGGCACAGCAUGCAGCAGCAGGCGUUUUCUGUCUGAAACCAUUGCUUUGUCUACUUUACAGAAAACUCUCCUUCAAGAGUUAAUACGUUCCAUAUUUACGUGAGAACUCCUGCACGCUACCAUCACGAGCAAAGAGAAAAUGUGUCCUUACAUCAAGGAAAAAAGAACCAGGAUAACGGGAUUAUUUACAGAUCCAUUUCAUUGUCACAAACAUGCGGCGAACACGUGAUCUUUUAUAUCAAAGCUUUGAUCAGAAAAUUUUUAGGCUUUUAUUUUCCGGUCCAUGUCCGGUGGCUUCCACUAUAAAAUGCCAGGAUGGGUUCUGUACUUUUAACAAUUAAUAAAAAAUGAUUAAAAGACGGGACUUGAUUUU